AUGAGGUCAAAGGGGACAGAGAGGCUUCCUCUCACAGAGGCGUCGUUUCGGGCGCUGGAGGAGGCGUACGAGAGACAGUGGCGCCAGACACGGCUUGUAUGUGAAACACAGCCGUCGUGCGCUGACGUCCAUGUCGUCGCGGCAGCUUCGAGCGCAGCUGAGCACAUGCGCCGCCUUUGGGCUGAUACAGUGCGACUCCACAGACGCUUUGUCGAAGUGAAAGUGCAUUACAAGCGCAGGUUUGCGCAGGAGGAGCGAGCGACGCUGCGCCUGCUCGGAUUCCGUUCACCAUCACCUCCACCCGCCCCCAACGCUGCGUUGCCGCAGGCAGCGCCGCUAGUGUCAUCAUCGCUGUGCGCCCCCCUUGAAGCAAACGCUGGUCGCCAAGCUGGAGAAUUCGAUGCACUACGCACCGAAUGUGCGAGACUUCAGCGCGAGGUCGCACAGCUACUCUCGCUUCUGGCGUGGUAUCAGCUCCACGAGACGCGCGCUCUUCCGUUACCCAACGGUGCUGUGCUUCCCUCAGCUUUGAGGACUACGCCUAGCUCCGCUUCCGACGCCUAUGCAGAGCUCGCUGAAGUGCAGCGAAGGCACAAAGGGCUGCUCUCCCCAACGGCCGCAGAGUACAGGUGCACCUCGUCCAACGGCAUUCAGCGAGCCGAGGACGUGGCCAUCGCACAGCUACUUCUCGAGUGCGCUUUUCCUCCUCAAGUGAGCGUUGUUCGCCUUGGGUCAGACGACCUCUUCAUGGUCGAUCGCCCUGUGUGGAUCGGCUUUGCGUCUCCCCAGAGCUCUAUGCUGAUGGUACGCGACCCGGAAGGACUCGAGCAGGAUUGCUUGCUGGAGUCGUACCUCACGGCGGUGUAUGCCCCGCUUCUCCGCGCUGUUCAGUGGCAAAAGCCCUCCACCGGAGCGCUGCUAGCUGGAGGGCGGAUGGCCCCGACUCGCUCAGCGGCACUGUCCUUUCCAGCGGUGCCUGUAACGCUUGCCUCACCUCGUGAUGCUGCAAGGCGGGGGUUGUCGCCUUCGACUCGGUGCUCUGUGCUGUCUCAGCUGACGUACGAGGAACUUGUGGAGCUCAAGCACACAGCGCUGCGACGCCUUGACCACAGUAGUGAAGCUGCUGCACCGUUGUGA